UAAACUUCCUGGAGUUCUCCCUGGAGGACUGUGUUUCCUAAGGCCCACCCCUCCAGAGAAGCCAGCCGGGAACCCACAUGAAGCAGGCUCUCCUGAACUUUGGACAAACCUCUGUCUCUGCCUCUGCCCGGGUGUUGGAAUCAUAGACCUAUGCUACCACAUUCAGCAGGACUCCUGUACUUCUAUCUAUGUUCCUCAGAACCACAAAAUUCAUGAAAGGAAAGGAAGUCUGAAGAAGAAUGGCCAGCUCUAAUAGUCAGGACAUGGUCUGUGGGUCAGUGACAUUUAGGGAUGUGGCUGUUGACUUCUCUCAGGAGGAGUGGGCCUGCCUGGAUGCUACUCAGAAGGUCUUAUACAGGGACAUGAUGUUGAAGACCUACAGCAACUUGGUCGCAGUGGUGGGAAGUUGCAUUUCCAAGCCAGAUCUGAUCGUCUUACUAGAGCAGGAGAAAGAGCCCUGGAUGACUGUGAAGGAAGAAACAGACAGGCCGAGCCCAGAUUUGGAAGCAGAUGAUGCUGCUGAAAAUAUAUUUUCAGAAAAGCACACUUAAAAUAAAAAAUUGCCCAAUCAGACCAUAAAGCAAUUAAAUAAAACUUUUGACUUCAAGAACUCUACAUUCGAGGACCUACAGAGGUGUCAAGAAGGAAAUGUUAAACAGAAAACUACAAACAAGGCAGAAAUGCCUCCUUAUACCUGCCAGACUCUUGCUCACAAUACAGAAAAGGCAUAUGAGUGUAAAGAGUGUGGGAAGUGCUUUGGUUGUAGGUCAACUCUAACUCAGCAUCAGAGUGUUCACACUGGAGAGAAGCCCUAUGAAUGUGAGGAGUGUGGGAAGGCCUUCAGACUCCCCCAACAGCUCACAAGGCAUCAGAAGUCUCACAGUGGUGAGAAGCCUUUUGAGUGCAAUGAAUGUGAAAAGGCUUUUCAUCUUCCUGUACUGCUCAAGUACCAUAAAACCGUUCAUACAGGUACAAAGCCAUUUGAAUGCAGAGAAUGUGGGAAGUCCUUCAAGCAUCUCUCCCAUCUUGUUGAACAUAGGAUUAUUCAUGCUGAUGUGACACCAUAUGAAUGCAGUGAGUGUGGGAAAGCCUUUAAAUGCUGCAAAAGCCUCAUGCAACAUCAGAAAAUUCAUUCUGGUGAGAGACCCUUUCAUUGUGAGGACUGUGGGAAGGCCUUCAUUGUACUGGCACAGCUCACUCGGCACCAGAGGAUUCAUACCGGGGAGAAGUUGUUUGAAUGUAAGGCGUGUGGCAAGAAAUUCAGAACUGGCUCACAACUUGUUCAGCACCAGAGUAUUCGUACUGGUGACAAACCCUUUGAGAGUCAUGUAUGUGGGAAGGUCUUUAAGCUUCAGGUAUACCUUUCUGAGCACCAGAAAACUCACACUGAAGAGAAACCUUUCAAGUGUAAGCUCUGUGGGUCAGCCUUCAGACGUAAGUACCAACUUAGUGAACACUGGAGAGCUCACUGUGCUGUGAAGCCCUAUCAAUGCAAGGAAUGUGGGGAAUUCAUUUGUCGCAGGUCAAAUUUUACUGAACAUCAGAGUAUUCACACUGGAAACAAACCCUUUGAGUGUGAAGAAUGUGGGAAGUUCUUUAGACUUAAUACACUUCUCAUUCGUCAUCAGAAGUCUCACGGUGGUGAGAGACCUUUUGAGUGUAAAGAAUGUGGAAAGGCUUUUCAUCUUCCCAGCCAGCUUAAUAACCAUCAAAUUGUUCAUACAAGUAAAAGACCCUGUGAAUGCAAGAUAUGUGGGAAGUCCUUCAAGCGUCAAUCCACUCUUGCUCACCAUAGGAUUAUUCAUGAUGGCGUGAGACCAUAUGAACGCAGUGAUUGUGGCAAAGCUUUUAUUCAUUGCUCAAACCUAUUGCAGCAUCACAAAAUUCAUUCUGGUAAGAAACCCUUUCAGUGUCAGGAAUGUGGAAAGGCCUUCAUUGUUCUGGCAAACCUCAUUCGACAUCAGAGCAUCCAUACUGGAGAGAAGUCAUUUAAAUGUGAGCAGCGUGGGUCACCCUUCAGACUUAAGUCCCAACUCAAUAAACAUCAGAGAAUUCAUACUGAUGUGAAACUCUUUCACUGCAUGGAAUGUGGAAAGGACUUUGUUCGUGGAACAGCCCUUAGAAUUCAUCAGAGAAUUCAUACUGGUGAGAAGCCUUAAUGUAAAGAAUGUGGGGAAGCUUUUCAAUAUUGUUACCAAUUUCUUGGGCAUUUUAGAAUUCAUACUGGCAAGAACCCUUAUGAAUGUAAAGAUUGUGGGAAGUACUUUCCUCGUGGUAGAGACCUUAAAAUACAUCAAAGAACUCACACUGGUGAAAUACCUUAA